UGAGCUUAGUAUGUUCAAAUAUUUUUAAAAUUAUCUGCAUGUCAAAUUUUUAUGAAGAAAUUUUAGGAAUUGAUCCUCUCAAAUUAAAUUCCUAUGUUCAUAAAGAAGUAUUCAUUAUCCUCAAAAAUGAAACAAAAUAUAAUGGCAAAAUAUAUACCAUAGACCCUGUUUCAGAAAGUGUUAUAGCAGUCGAUGACCAAGAUAAAUCCCAAACUAAAAUCUACUGUUUUCCGGGUCAUGCUGUGGCAUCUAUAGAAAUAAAAAGAGAACUAACUAGUCACGAGAUUAAAGAAUUAGAACUAAUCUUCGAGCCAAGCUUAGCUACAAAUUACAGCGAAAGUGAGAUCGACGAUCGCAGAACUCAAGUUGAAACGUUUUUAAAAAGUCGUAUGAUCCCUGUUUCAUUUAUCGGCUCACACUGUGAAACCUUUUCACUUUUUGACGGGAUAUUAUUGAUUCAACCACCUUAUGAUAUUGAUAAUUGCCAAAGUGAAAAUCUGAUCGUUUUAAAGCAGAUUCAAAGAAUGAUGAAAGAAUUAAAGCUAUAAAUAACUUUAAAUUAUUACGCUUAUAAUAUAAAUUUUUAAAAUUAUUUCUACUAUUAUAUAUAUUGUAUCAUAAACUUAUAAGAUAAAUAUAGUGUAUAAAUAAAUCUAUUAUUUUUUU